UUUUCCACUCGUUCGUUAUCCGUAUAGAUUUUUCUUUAAUUUAUGCCUUCCAAAUUGUUUAUUGUUUCUCUUUAAUUUUAAUGCGAAUUCUUAGAGGCUUCAGAUUGGGUUGAUAUCUUUCAGCGAAUUGAAUUUCCGGCGAUCGAUCAGCGUUUGGGGCACGAAUGUCUCAACCACAGGAUACCUCCAAAACCUAGAAGUUGAACCCUAAAUAACUACAGUUGAAGCAACUACUUCAACCUUUUGGGGAAUGAGAGGUCCACGUAAACUUGAGGUGUGGAAAAUGGGCUUUGUCAAUUACUUGGAUGCACUUAAGCUGCAGGAGAAGCUGGUAUAUAAUAGAAAAUUAUGUAGGAUUCCUGAUACUCUUCUGUCCCUGCAACAUCCACCAACAUAUACAAUUGGAAAACGGCGAACUGAUCACAAUCUGCUAAUACCUUCAUCUGAAUUGAAAAAUAUAGGAGCUGAGCUUCAUUACACGCAAAGGGGAGGUGACAUUACAUUUCAUGGUCCUCGUCAAGCCAUCCUAUACCCUAUUAUUUCACUUCGUGAAAUUGGGCUUGGUGCCAGGAAUUAUGUGGAGAAACUUGAGUUGACUAUGAUUGAAUUGUCAUCCUUGUAUGGUGUUAAAGCUUGUGCUGGCCAGAAGGGUGAGACAGGGGUUUGGGUUGGAGAAAGAAAGAUCGGUGCAAUUGGUGUCCGGAUAUCACAUGGAAUAACCUCUCAUGGGCUAGCAUUCAACAUUGAUCCCGAUUUAAAGUAUUUUAAACAUAUUGUGCCUUGUGGAAUUACAGAUAAAGAAGUUACAUCUUUGAGUAGAGAGACGUCUACCAUGCUUCCGUCUGAGGAAGUCAUGCACGAGCAGUUAAUUUCUUGUUUUGCAAGACUUUUUGGUUAUAAUACUGUAGUAUGGAAGGAGAAUCCGUCAAUAUUGUCUGAUCUUGAAGAAAUAGAGUGAAUUGCAACUUAUAUUGUGUCAAAUGAUUUGAUUAUGUAACCUUUGAUUAAAUCAUUCUUGGAAGAUAAAUAAUCAAAUUUGUUGAUUUCAUCA